AUGGCCUUGCAAUCAUUGCCGUCCUUCCAGGCCCUCAGCUCUCUGCCAGCACCUAAACAGCCGGUUGCUGAAGAUCUGGAUCCGCGACCGCUGCUCCCCGCCGUCACACCUCGAGGUGAAUUUCUGCCAGUCAGCCCCGUUUCGAGUGACCGAGACAGAGAAGACCGGCGUCGAUGGGCGUACGUGGAUUCAGAGGGCCUAGGAGUGUCGGUGGAGCGCCGGUCCUUCUUCUCGGAGAGCUCUCCGGACGCGAUAAUGAAGCCUCCAAAUCGGCUCCUGCACGAUCGUCACGCAGCCAAGAUGGAAAAGAUGCUCCAGGAGAUAUCGACCUUUUCAGGCAGGGUGAAGCUGAGACAGGAGAUUGUCUGGCGCCGCAUGCCUGCCUGCGAGCGCUUUGCAAAUUCUGGUAGCAUUCCUUCCGUGCUGACCAAGGAUCCGGAAGGCCUGGAGGCACCUGCAGUGAUGGCAGGGCCUAUUCCCAAGGAGAAAGCACAGCCUUUGGCCCCUCAGGCCAGUUACUAUCGAUCCGACCUUGCUGUGGAGUUCGCGGGGCAAGCCUCUGCCGCCGCGGAAGAGCAGCUCGAGACCCUGACAUGCUUCGAGCAACGCUACACUUGUAGGUGGUUUCCCGACAUGCUGUCUCAGAAGAGUCUUAGUCUUUGCGAAGUAUCGAACGCUUGUGAGGAGAAAGGCCCACGCAAGAGCCCUGGAACCACCAACGUGUCCAUGACGCAUGUCAUGAAGUUCCUGGCCGGUGAUGCUCUGGCUUCAGCCAUCAUCGGCAAGGGCGGCGCCGUGAUCACGCAAAUUCGCACGAAUUGCAAUGCGAAGCUGGCGCUGACGGACAAGGGACAGGUCUUUCCAAGUACCGACUGCCGCGUUCUCACCGCGCAGGCCAACUCGGAGGAGGAGCUGAACGAGGUGGCGAGGCAGAUCAUCGAGAAGCUAAGUGAGCUUGUGAAAACCAGUGGCGCCUCGGAGGCGUGUGGCUCCGAUGGGGAGCUGAAGUUGAGGACGCUGGUACCCAAAGCAGCCGUCGGUGGCAUCAUCGGCAAGGGCGGGGCGGCCAUCAAGCAGAUGCGUGAGACCAGCGGUGCGAAGAUCAGCAUCGGCGAAGCCGUGGGCGCUGGGCCUGGGGCCGAGCAGAUGGUCACCGUCUCUGGCCCUGAGGAGGCACUUCAAACGGUCAUCGCCGAAGUGAACCGGCAGAUCCAGCUGCUCAGCUCAGAAGCAUGGUACAGCACGUGGGCUGCUUCAACUGGGUGCAUCACACAGGCCAUGGCCGGUCUGGCAUCGUCGCUGCAGCUGCAGCCUUCACUCCUCGGCUUGGGAGGUCAGGCCUUAGCGAACCCGGGGAUCGCCACGAUGAUGCAGGUUGCACAAAGCAUGCCUCCGUACGUGAUGGAGGACUCCCGCGGCUUCGCGUUGAGCUGUGUGGUGCCAAACCGUCUAGUUGGAGGGCUGAUUGGGCGCGGGGGCUCCGGGACCAAAGAGGUUCAGAUGCUGACCGGUACCAAGAUUGGAAUCCGAGAAAUUCCGGACGACCCGGACAAUCGCUCGCUGAAUAUAGCCACCAGGCUGAUGUUUCGAGAUAUUCAGCUGCCCUUCCCAGCUUGUGUCUGGAUGUUCAGGCUGAAAGGUCUCUUCGUGCCAAGUUAG